AUGGGUGUGCCAGACUUUCUAAAGUUUGUAUCCCGCACGGCCCCGGGGGCGCUCUGCCGGUUACCCCGGGACAGUGUUGCAACGCCUCUGUGCUUUGACUUUAUUCUAAUUGAUGCUACAAAUGCAGCCCAAACCAUUGGUCUUGAGGUGUUGGGGGCGUUCCUUCGUCGUUCCCAAGUGCAGGUGCGUCAAGCUGUUAUUUUCGCUGUAGACGGGCAACGGCAGCGCAGUGACACGGCGAGGGCUCAACGGACGCACUCGACAGUGUUGGACACUGAUGUGGUCAUUCAGCGCUUUGGCAGCGACCUGCAGCGCCAUUACGAGCAAUGUGGGGGUGAGAGCGUUCCACAAGUCUUAAUCAGUGGUCGUCAUGUUGCUGGUGAAGCAGAUUACAAGAUAUUGGACAUUCAGAGGUUCAUUAUAAUGCAAGUUUUUACCAAUGGUGGAAGCGAUAAACUACCAACUUUCUGCAUGGUAUCGGAAGAUUCUGACGUUCUCUGUGGCGCUCUUUGUGGUCCUGCACCCCAUACAGUUUCCAUCGUAACAAAGUUGCGCGACACGAUGAUUGAUAUGUGCGUGCUUCGUGUUUCACACGUAUUGGCUCAUGUUGGCGUAUGCAUGGAGGCGUUUAUUAGCGGCGCGGAGACGAGUGUGGAGGAAGAGAAGGAUAUGACGGUCGAUAGCGGUCCAGUCGGAAGCACCGAUAGCAUUUUCCAUGCCGAACAAAUGGAAACGGAGGGAGAUGGAGAGGAGCAAAUUACUCGCAGGAAGAAGGUUGAUGGACCAAUGGUCUCGACUGGUGUCCGUGUUGUGUUAGGUGACUCAGAUGAUGACGAUGACCACGCGCAAAGUGAAGGUCUCAGGGAUACUCGUAAUGGUGGCGGCAAUAUGGACAAUGAACUGCACCCACCGAAAGCAGGUCCAUCCACUUGCGUGCCAACCAUGGUUUCUCAAGCAGCUGUGGCUGAAAUUCUUCAGAACAGCUGUGUGGACAUGGUGUUCCUCUUCAUUAUCGUUAUGGGAAACGGAGGCAGUGUACCACCUGUCAUCCGUGGCGCAACAAAAGUGGAUAUUCAGUCAUGCUGGAGGGCGUACUGCAAGAUGAAAUACAAUACUGCUGAGUCGGAAAGGGAGAAAGAGAUGGGCCGCACGCUGUUUGACCUCAACGGCAUCCUUAGUAUAAAGGACCAGCAAUCUGAUGAUAUUGCUUCCGUUGUCGUAGAUUGUUCCUUUCUGUGCACUUUACUGGAUACAGCACAGUAUGCAGAUGUACAAUCACGCCCAAUGACCGAUGAAGACAAAGAAAGGGCCUUGUUGUAUCUUUCGCAUGCCGCUUACGCUGCUCUCCGAUACAUCGUUGCUUGCAACGUUGGAAGGGUAGCGGCGGGUCGAGUGGACGAUACUUUUUUGGACACAAGGAAUAUUUCAGAGGUGGUUUCCGUUCCUAGUGUUGCGGCCUUUCUGUCAGUGCUCAACCAAACAAAGAAGAGAACGUUGCACUUUCCACUUGUAGGUUCGGCUACAACAGAUGUGUUGUCCAGCGCUGCUAAGGGCGUGUCGGCUGUUGAAGAGGCAAUAACUGCAGCUAGGAUACGGUCCGGUCGUGGGGAAAGUCGAAUGGUGCUUCAAACGGACGUUGCGGGCACACUCGCAUCCGCCGUUACGGCCUCUGGUGCACAGCGCUGCGUACAGUUAUCAAGAUUUCUUGCACCAUUCACGACAGCGGAGGUGAGUCGCAAGAACAUUAUGGAUUGCCUCAAACAUAGUCCGAGAAACUACAGCAAAAUUUCCAACAGCGUCGCAGAAUUUGGUGGUAGGUUGUCCACGUUUUCUCGGUUGCUCUUGGCAUGGCGUCGCACGAUUGAGUUGUGUGUACCCACUUUGGGCGCGCUUGCCGGUAAAGAGACCGCCACAUCUACACUCGGCGCCGUUGCGGGAGACGAAGGAAAAGGAGUUGCCGCCCUGUCGAGCAGUGGCCUCUUGACUACUGGCAGAUCAUGUGCAAAAAUGUCUUACAGCUUCGAGCUACGUCGCAUGGCACCUGUUCUUGUGAGUGAACAAACCAACCACAAAAGCAAUGCAGCUACGGACGCUACCCGGAGAGAUAUACUCUUCAAGGCGUUGCGCAUUUCUCACGACUACGUGGAAGCACCACAAAUCAUUAACUCGAAAAGUAAAGAGCCCGAGCUUUCCUCAAGUGGAGACGUAGAUAAAAAAUGUCAGCUUGAACGCAAGCGGCACCGUGAAGGUGAAACACUCAUUUCAGAGCGUGAAGGUGCCAGUGCUCCCGGAAAGCGGCACAGAACACAAUCGGUUAAAGACGUCAUACGGUCGAAAGGUAAGAAUAAAAAAGUAAAACGGAAAAAACUUUCCUGA